AUGGCAAUCACCUCCAUCCUCCGAUAUCUGCGUCUCAAGAUCAUCGUAACCCUUCUCCGCUGCGUUGUCCGCUGGAGGCAAGGCCCGUUUCUUAUUCCGCCAGCACCGCUCAGGAGAAAACUGGUCCAAAUUCCUUCACGUGAGGCCGGCCGCGUGAUCGACGCUUGGCUGUACUACCCGGACGAUCCAGCCCUGAUCAAUUGGCAUGGAAGCGGUUUCGUGUUCCCUUCGCUCAGCAUCGAUCAUGAAUAUUGUUCCCAGAUUGCGCAAAAAGCCGGCAUCUUUGUUCUCGACGCGGAUUACCGAAAAUCCCCAGAGCACCCCUACCCUGCACCUGUGGAAGAUGUCGAAGACGUUUUAGCCUGGGUCGGCGAGCAGUCUACUUUCAUCGAUGCCUCGCGGUUGGCAGUCUCCGGCUUCAGCGCCGGGGCAGUCCUCGCAUUUGUCGCUGCUUCGGUGUUGCGCUCAAGCUACCCUAAACUCAAUAUCCGGGCAGCGCUCGGUGUAUACCCCGGAACGGACCUUGCAACGGACCCACAGACGAGGAUUAUUCCGGCGCCGGUGCAACCCAUACCGCCCAAAGUUCUUGACAUAUUUUUGACUCGUACGCGCCGUUGA